AUGGAAAAUUUAGAAAUUGCUGAUUCCGAAAAAUUUAUUGCUUACAAACUUACUUCAUCAAAAUGUUGGAAAAAACUCUUGUAGGAAUAAAUAAAUGUUGAAAAAUAAGCAAGAUCUCACAUUUCUGUAUUACUCUCCAAAUUCAAUAAAAGAGCUCUAAUACUUUAUAAUGGCUUCCUAAAAUAUGGUAAUAUCGAUGCAAAAUUAACACCAAAAUAUGAGAUUAAUAUUAAUAAUUUGGUAGAUGUAAGGUGUGAAUUCUAAAUUGAAAAGGCUCCAUAUAGAAAUCAAUUUUCUUAUGGAUAUUACUUAGGUCGUUAAAAAAACUAAGAAAUAAUUUUCUAAUUUACAUUUAAUUUUAAGAGAAAGCACUUGAGAUAUUUUAAAAAGAAUUAAUCAAUCAAAGAUAGUUAUUUUUUGGAUGAGAAAGAUGAGAAAAAUUUGGAGUGUUGGAUUUUUAAAGGAAAAUUAGAUAAAGAAUCCCAAUGA